CAGCUGCUGAAAUUUUAGACACUCAGCACCAUAAAACUAUCGUUAUCAUUAUCAUCAUCAUCAUCUACCAUUUUUCAAUCUCUUUUUCUUCUUCAGUUCUUUUUACUCGUAAUCUAACUUGAAAGUGGAGAUUAUAGAGUUUCAAGGCAGUUGAUGUCAUUGUACCUGAUGGUUCCAACCUUCAGGGGAGUCGUCGCGGUGGAAGGAACAACAGCGUUGGUGGUAGGGGUUACGAAGGUGGAUGCGGUGGCGACUGCGGCUAUGGUGGUGGAGGAGUCUAAGGCAGCAUGGAUCCCAGUGGUUGCGAUGGAGUUCGUCGUGGUCGUGGAUAAGGUGGAGGAUGUGAUGACGGUCGUGCAUGCUACAGCUGUGCUGGAAUGGGUCAAGGAUUGCAACCAGGAGCGGAUGCAGAGGCAGGUUUGGCGGCGUUUGUGCCGGUGGAAGCUGCUACAACUAUAGGCAUUUUUGGGCAUUUUACAACAGAUUGCCCAACAAGCUUUAUGAGAAAAUGAAAGUAGCAGCACUAGAUCACUCUCAAGAGACGCGCUCCCACCUAGGGAUGUGUCUUUCUCCGUUGAUGCAGAAAAUCCAGAACCUUAAUAUUUUUGCCAGGAUUCUAAUUGCCCUUCGCCAAAAGAAUAAUUUAGGAACUAAGGCAAAAGAAGAUCUUUCUGCAGCUACUGUGGAGGUGAAUCUGAUCAGAAUAAAUUGAAAGGAGUUAAAUUUACCUACUGACAGUAAGUAGCAACUAUAUGCCUGGUUCAUCCUGCACCACCCGCUCUGCCUUUUUACUUUGGGCUUUGGCAUCGUUAGCUGUGGUGAAAGUGGAUAGUACUGUGAGUGUGAAUAGAGGCAUGAUUAAAGGGAGAACUACUCACGGAGAAAAGAGAAAAGGGCAAGAAUAGGAAGUUAUUGCAGAAUCUUUUUCUUUCUCUUAUUGCGGAUGUUCUGGUUUGGUCCUGUACCGGGUUCUUGGUUGUCUCGGUUGCUCCUUUCUUCAAGCUUGGCGAGGGAGAGGGGAUCAAUUGUUUUGAUAUGUUUUCAAUUACCUUCGCCGCGUGCCACGGAAUGGAAGGGGGCUCAUUUGCCGUCCCGGGGCGCUAAGGGGUUGAAGUUUUUGAAACAGACGGUAAUGUUUUGCUGAUAUCUUGAAUCAAGCUUUUGACUGAGACCCACGAUUUCUUUCUUAUUCUGAGUCGAACACUUUCCUGCAGGUAUGAAUUUCAUUGUUUUUGCUCUGUUCGAUUUUAUAGUAAAUGUCAUGCUGAUGUGAUUAACAAGUGUCUAACGUUCAACUCUUCCUUCCAUAUUUAGUUGCUUCCACAAAUUAAACUCUGAGGAUUGUAAGUAAAUCUAGUAAGUCUGUCAGUCUUAACCUUUCCCUAGUCUCUAAUUCUGUCAUUACCUACUUGUGCUGCUUACAUCACGUAUAAUUCAAUAGUUAAAAUGUUAUUGAUGAACCUUUCUAGAUUUGUAUAUAGUAGUAGGGGGUGAACUUGAUUUGUUAUAAUAUUCCAUCAUGUUAAAACCCUUUGGGCUUGAAGCUAUUCAUUUCAGAGUGCUUAAUUUUGAUAUAAGAUUGUGCCACAAGGAUUGACCUGUUGCUUUGUCGACAGCCUAAUGUCAUGUAAUGGCUCUACUUUGUUUUAAAUAUUAAGUCCGCAAUGCAAGUCAAGAUUUGUUCAAGGCGAUUUUUUUUCUCUGCCUUAUGUAACUUUAGAUUUCUAUACUUAAGUCUCAGGCUUUAUGAAUUCUUGCUGCAUGUUUUGUUAUUUAGAGGCAAAAAUCUGUGAUAGUGACACUUUUCUA